AAACAUUUCCAAUAUGGCCUCCAAAACAAUGUUUUAUUGUGAUAAUUUGUGAGUCACUUUCUACGUUAUAUUAUAAUACCUGGCCUCAAAAUGACGACGAUUCUUGAUAUAAAUGAAGGUGGAAUAGAUCCAGAAGCUGAAGUUCGCAAGCUUCAGGAUCUAGUGAAAAAACUAGAAACACAAAACGAAGUUCUUCGACGUAAGCAGAAACUGUCAACAUCAAAUGAUUCGAAUAUUAUAGAAAACAAUGAAAAUGAAGUGUUGAAACCUGCGUUAAAUAACAGUGUAUUUUAUAAUACUAGAAAACAUUUAGAAAAACGUGAUAUAUCGCUCAGAGGAACUGAAAAUUUAGACGGUGUUGAACUGAUAGAUGUUGAUGCAUCAAUUCCAGAUGAUGAAGAUUCUUGGUUAUAUACAUCACCCCGCCCUCCCACACCUCAACAACACAGAGUUAGCCCAUAUAAAUACAUGAGACAAGAUUUAGACAACCCAAGUCCAGAUGUUCAGUCAGCUAAAAGGUCCCUCAAGUAUAAAUUGGAUGAAGUAGCUCGAAUGAGUCGAAGCAGUAGUACCCCUGCAUUUCAGAAUUACUCAACGCCGCCCCGUAACAAUGGUACAGCUAUGAGUUUGUCUGCAGAUAGCACCCCCUCUCCAAGAAUCAUGAAACCUACUGCUAAAGCUUCCCCAUUACAUACAGGUAUACAAGUAGGAAGUAAAAUAAACACUGGCACGUUUACACGGCCGAAGAGGAACAAGCCUUCACCUAUACAGACGUCCACCUCAGAUGAUUCUAAAGAAAAUAUAGAGACUGUGCAUCACCCUAAUGUUGCUGAUAUUGAGAACCUAGCUAAAAUGCAAGAAGAAAGUUUGCGACAGAGCAUUGCACAAACUUCGCCAAGACGAGGUUUUAGGUCACGGCCUUUGCCUAAUGUAGCUGCUUCCAACAAUACAGAUAGUAAUAGUGGGUCGCCUGCAGACUCUAAUAGAUCUAGUCCUGCUCAUUUUGAGGAGGGAUCAUACAGAAGAAAUAGUCAAAAUUCAGUGGAAUCAGAUCACAGUAGUCCGCCUGAUAGUCCCUAUGGCAGUAACCAACAUUUACAUCAACAAAACUCUGGUGGUGUUUCAAAUUUACGUGGCAGUAUGCCCAAUAUGUCCCGAUUAAUACCGCGGGCACAGCACUACAACAGUGAUUCAAGUCUAGCUGAUUAUCAAGAGGAACAAGCUAUAAAUAAUGCAGAACCUCCAAGAUAUACAAGUAGGUUACAAAAUUCUAUGGCACGGCCUUCAUCGCCAAGUGUGAGUGGUUUAAAACCACCACAAAGAAAUAUACGAGGUGGUUCACCACAGAGAAGUGGGCUGCCAACACCUAGACGUUCAAUACCAAGGCCAGGUAGUGCAGGAACCCCAAGAUCACCAGGAGUCCCAACACCAAAAAGGAUAUCUGGUCUACCAGCUCCACGGUUAAGUCAAGCAAGACCUAAAGAUGAAAGUUGGAGAGAAGGGUGUUUCUGAAAUGACUUGUAUUGAAGCAAAGUAGUAAAAACACUGUUUAGACAGUGAUAAUAAUGUUGUCUCCCCUUGAAGAGUCUGAGGAGUAGUAGUGCUUCUGCCUUUGCUGUCAUUCCAGUGCUGUAAAGCCUUGUCAGCCUUUCUCCUCAUAAACUGCUUGCUUCAUUUGUUUAGAAUAUGGGAAGAUGAGUAGGGUGAAGCUAAUUUUUCAAUAUUUUGCCAGUAAACAGUUCAUUGGUAUUGCAAGAGUUACUGUUAUUUGAAUAAUGCGAUGAAAUUCAAUUUGGUCUUAAACUUCUGCCUUAAAUUCCUAUCUAGAUUUUAUAAAAUUUUGCAGAAAGAAAUAAAUAUCUAAUCAUAUUUUGUAUACUGUCAGUCUUUUGCAGAAUAUUACUAUCAAAAAUUUACUUCAAAUACAUAAAAGAAAAAUAUGUAGGGGGAGACAUCUGUUGGAACAAAAAGGGAGAAGAUUUUGUUGAUGUGCAAUGUAGCACAUACAUAACAGUCAAGAUUGCCAGUGAGAAUUAUGCAGAAAUGGGAAAUGCAUUUUAAUAAAUGUAUGCUUAUUUAUAUACUAUACAAUAGCUAAUUCACCGACACAGAAUGUUUUAUCACGAUCAAAUAAACAAAACUUUGCUAGUUAGAAAGCUAUACCAUAGUACAUGUAGGAUGGUUUUAACGUGUAAGAAUUAUACUUUUAUCAGAUCAUUUUAUUUUUUAUAAAAUAAUCUUUAUUGUAAUUUCAAUGCAUCAAGUGUGACGAUAAUUUAUUUAUACCAUUAUCCCAUUGAUAAUAGAACGUUUGUAAACUGUUUGAUGUAAUGCCAUCAUGGUCAAAUUUUGUAAUCUGAAGAUGAGAAUAAUGUAGCUUUUACUUAAGGUUAUGAACUGAUAGUGCCAAUUCAGGUUGCAGACCCAUAAUGCCAUGUAUGGUUGUGGACCCAUAAGGCCAAUUUAGGUUGAGACUCAGAACCCAUAAUUUCCAUUAGCUAUUUCUGUUCAGUUGCAUAUUCUCACGAUGUGAUUUAGAAUUUCCAUUUCGGACAGAAAGUGAAGAUUGAAUAGUAAACAAGAAUAUAUAACUACAAAGGAAACUGGAUUGUCAGUAUGGAUGCACUACCUUAAUUAUGCAUUGAUGCAUUAUCUUAAUUGUCAUUAUAGAUGCAGUACCUUAAAUUGUCAUUACAGAUGCACUACUUUAAUUGGCAUAGUACCUUAAUUGUCAUUAUGGAUGCACUACUUUAAUUGGCAUUAUGGAUGCACUACUUCAGUUGGAUUUAUGGCUGUAUUAACAAAAUGCACUACCUUAAGUGAAAUCAUUUCCUUACUUGUUUAGUUAUAGGACAUGUACAUAGAAACUAAGCUGUAAAUGGAUACUGCAUUUUAGUUCUAACUACAUCACCUGAUUCCACUGUGUGAAAUAGAUUCAGAUAUAUAUGCCUUUUUAAUCAGGAGAUUUUAACUAAUUUUUAAUUAUAUUCUUCUGAAUGAUAAUGACAUUUAGGUGCUUCAUAUAGACAAAAGGUUCAAUUUGUUAUUAUAAUGAUAUGAGCCGUGCCAUGAGAAAACCAACAUAGUGGGUGUGCGACCAGCAUGGAUCCAGACCAGUCUGCGCAUCCGCACAGUCUGGUCAGGAUCCAUGCUGUUCGCUAACAGUUUCUCCAAUUCCAAUAGGCGUUAAAAGCGAACAGCAUGGAGCCUGACCAGACUGCGCGGAUGCGCAGGCUGGUCUGGAUCCAUGCUGGUCGCACACCCACUAUGUUGGUUUUCUCAUGGCGCGGCUCAAUUAUAUUGUUCAAGGUAUUUUUUGUUUUAAAGUUAUGAAAGGAAAAUAUGUUUUACUGGCAAGUACUACAUUUGUUGUUCCUAUUCAUGAUCAGCCAAUUUAUAAUUUAUUAUCAUAUUAAGAUCUUUUCACCAAAAUUUUGUUAAGCUCUUAGCCAUUGUUUAGAAUAGUGUACAGGAAUACUAUCUGGCCUUUUGUCAUGCUGCUGCAGCAAUAAAUACAUUUGCUUUGUCAUUUAUUUAUUGGAUCAUUUUCAGUGAAGUUAAGGUAUUUUGUUUAAUAUGAUAGUGUGAUGCCUUCGUUGCAGAGGUGAUAAGACCCCGGAAUUCGAAUUACUUUGUCAUAUGUAGAUUUUAGCCAUGGUCCAGUUGUCAGAUGCAAAGAAGUCAUGCAGUUUGCUUGUGGAAAGAUGGUGGUUCUACCAUGGUGUUAGCACAGCCUGAAAUAAGUUCUGGAAGAUUAUCUAGCAUUUCACUCCGCUGUUAAAGUGAGAAUGUCACCAUACAACCUAAGUUUUGAUGUGACAUAAAACCAAACAAAACAGAUAUAAGAGAGCUAUUGCACUUGGCCUAUGGCCAUUUAACUAUGAUGCAACAGGUUUUAUUUAAGUUUUAAGGAUUUCCUGUUUAAGUACAAAAAAUGUUAUUGAAUUCUUUUUAUGCCCCCCAAAGGGAGGCAUAUUAGUUUUCAACUGUCCGUUAGUUCAUUUGUCACAGCGUUAACUUUUUGCAUGAAGGCACUUUACUCGCGAACCACUGUACCCAGGACCUUCAACCUUCAUGUGCUGAUAGUACUUAUUGAGUACACCACCCCUACUGACUUUGGGGUCAGCAGGUCAAGGUCACCAGGUCAAGGCAGUUGUCACCAUUAGUGACAGCUCUUGUUUAAAGCAUGUCUCUUGCACCAGUGAACAAAGUUACAUGUACAACUGCUGUGAUUAUGGCCUUCAAAAGUAUGUGUCAUGAUCAAUGUCUCUAUCUUAAUGGAGGUUUUAUUUGUGAAGUACCAAAUAGUGUCUCUUCAGUCCCUGAAGGUAAAUUAAACCAAAGAGCUACAAAAAUAAAUAGAUAGGCAACUUUAAAGGCAUAGAGAGCAAGUCUGUCCAACAUCACAUGGGAACUGAAUGAGCUUUCGUUUAGGCAGUGUAUAAAACAGUUUGUUUAUAAUGAUAUGGUGUUUUUUUUAAUGUUAUUAGUAUUUUCUUCACAGGGAAGGAUUGAAUUUAUGAUUGGAAGUCUGAGAAAUCAACAGGUGUCAUUUGAAAAUUGGACCCAAUUCAAUUUAUUAGGUUUCUGGUUGUAUCACCAGUGUAAUACUUUAAUAAGCGUCUCUUGAGUUGAUCAGUAAUGAUCAAGUCAGCAAACACUUUAAUAAGAUAACGCAGUGACACGAGCUUACACAUUAUUAUCUUCUGUUGCCAUUCUGUGUAUUAUACUUCUUUGAUGAAACAGACACUUUAAAAAAGAAAUUAACAAUUUUGAUGUUGAUGAAUUGAUCUUAUAUUACCGGUAUCCACUUUACUUGUUUUUUUGUUUUUUUUAUUAUUCUGCUUCUUUAACUUAUGAUAAACAUUUUCUUAAAAUUUUGUUUUAUCCAAAGUGUUCACACUUAUAAAAUAAUUGAUUGAUACAACAAAUAAAAGUUUCAAGUAUUGUAUACUUCAAAGCAAGGCAAAAAUACUCUAAAUACAGUCAAACCUGUAUUUAGCAGUGAACAGAAGGAGCAAUACAAUGGGACUGCUAAAUACAAGUUGAAGUUUCAAGAUGGUUAUUUAAGGCAAGCAGUUGCUUAAUACAGGUGGAUGUUGAGGCAGUUAAAUUGUAAGGUUUAAUCUUUGUGUCUCUUGUCUGUUCAGACAUAUAUGAAACUGUUAAGAGAUUUUAUGAAGGGCAUCUCAAAUGUAAUUUCAAAAAUAGAGCAUACUUUGGUCAAGAGACAGGUACUUUAACCAUACAAGUUCGAAACUGGGUCACGUGGGGUCAAAAACUAGGUCAGUAGAUCUAAAAAUAGAAAAACCUUGUGACCUCUCUAGAGGCCAUAUUUUUCAUGAGAUCUUCAUGAAUAUUGGUCAGAAUGUUCACCUUGAUGAUAUCUAGGUCAACUUCGAAACUGGGUCACGUGGGGUCAAAAACUAGGUCAGUAGGUCUUAAAAUAGAAAAACCUGGUGACCUCUCUUGAGGCCAUAUUUCUCAAUGGAUCUUCAUGAAAAUUGGUCAGAAUGUUCACCUUGAUGAUAUCUAGGUCAAGUUAGAAACUGGGUCACGUGGGGUCAAAAACUAGGUCAGUAGGUCUGAAAAUAGAAAAACUUUGUGACCUCUCUAGAGGCCAUAUAUUUCAUGGGAUCUUUAUGAAAAUUGGUCAGAAUGUUCACCUUGAUGAUAUCUAGGUCAAGUUCGAAACUGGGUCACGUGUGGUCAAUAACUAGGUCAGUAGAUCUAAAAAUAGAAAAACCUUGUGACCUCUUUAGAGGCCAUAUUUUUCAUGAGAUCUUUAUGAAAAUUGGUCAGAAUGUUCACCUUGAUGAUAUCUAGGUCAAGUUCGAAACUGGGUCACGUGGGGUCAAAAACUAGUUCAGUAGAUCUAAAAAUAGAAAAAGCUUGUGACAUCUCUAGAGGCCAUAUUUUUCAUGGGAUCUUUAUGAAAAUUGGUCAGAAUGUUCACCUUGAUGAUAUCUAGGUCAAGUUCGAAACUGGGUCACGUGUGAUCAAUAACUAGGUCAGUAGAUCUAAAAUUAGAAAAACCUUGUGACCUCUCUAGAGGCCAUAUUUUUUAAGAGAUCUUCAUGAAAAUUGGUCAGAAUGUUCUCCUUGAUGAUAUCUAGGUCAAAUUUGAAACUGGGUCACGUGCGGUCAAAAACUAGGUCAGUAGGUCUGAAAAUAGAAAAACUUUGUGACUUCUCUAGAGGCCAUAUUUUUCAUGGGAUCUUUAUGAAAUUGGUCAGAAUGUUCACCUUGAUGAUAUCUAGGUCAAGUUUGAAACUGGGUCACGUGGGGUCAAAAACUAGGUCAGUAGGUCUAAAAAUAGAAAAACCUUGUGAUGUCUCUAGAGGCCAUAUUUCUCAAUGGAUCUUCAUGAAAAUUGGCGAGAAUGUUCAGCUUGAUGAUAUCUAGGUCAAGUUCGUAACUGGGUCAUGUGCGGUCAAAAACUAGGUCAGUAGCUUGAAAAAUAGAAAAACCUUGUGACCUCUCUAGAGGCCAUAUUUUUCACAAGAUGUUCAUGAAAAUUGGUGAGAAUGUUCACCUUGAUGAUAUCUAGGUCAAGUUUAAAAGUGGGUCACGUGCCUUCAAAAACUAGGUCAUUAGGUCAAAUAAUAGAAAAACUUUGUGACCUCUCUAGAGGUCAUAUUUUUCAAUGGAUCUUCAUGAAAAUUGGUCAGAAUUUUUUAUCUUGAUGAUAUCUAGGUCACAUGUGCUCAAAAACUAGGUCACUAUGUCAAAUAAUAGAAAUAACGACGUCAUACUCAGUUCAACACUGGGUCAUGUGGGGAUAGGUGAGCGAUUCAGGACCAUCAUGGUCCUCUUGUUUUGAAAGUCACACAUCUUUUGAACUUUAUUGCAGUGCUCCAGCUAGCUAUUUACAGCAGGGCGCAUCGCCCGUUCCGAAAUUCGUUCCGCCCUGUUGCCCCGCCAGGCACCCUGCCCGUUUUACAACCAUUCAUUUCUUUUUUUUAGCCAAACUUCCCUUUUUUUGCCUCAGUGAUUAUAAUACACUGCUUUAUUGCCCCCUUUUUAUCGAGUGAUACACGCCGGGGGGCAUUGACAUAAUUAGCAAACAAUUACCUGCUGUAAUCGUGCCCGAGGCAGACCAUGAUAUUUUAGACUGCUCCACUAGCAUUAAAAUCACUGAACCUUAGUGUUAAAACAGUUUGCAAACCAGUCUGAAAUCAUUAUCAUUUUCGCGCCACCUGUCAAAGUGUACUUUCGUUUUCGGUAAUAUAGUCGUAAAUAUCCCUUUAUACACAACUGAAACUUAAGUCCAGACAACAGACAUUUAAAUCUAAUUAAUAAAAAUCGAUCACAAUCAAAUUUAAAUAGGAAAAUAUUUUGAUUUUAUCGUUUUACAAGUUUUUGAAAUCGAAAGUACGUUGUCGUCUGCUUUGUGAAAUUGCCGCUUUUUCAUGAAGAUUUCUUUGAAAUUAGUUUACUAAGAUGUAAUGACAGGGUACACUUUAAUGUCAGAUACUGUAAAAUGCUGUUAAACUGUCUUUGCAUCAUAAUUUUUCAAAAAUAUUGUUUAAACUGGACUUAGACGACAUUUAGAAAAAAGUGUAACCAUACCCGGAUAUAAAAUUUUGGAUACCCGGAAUACGUUCUAUUACAAGUGCUAAACUUGCUUUUAGACUGUUGUAAGUUAAAAACUUUGCCUGAUUUUAUUUAUUUAAGUGGAAGUUUAAACUUUAUUUUCUGUAUAUAUGUUGCAUGUAUAAAUUUAUAAAUAUCAAGUACAUGGAGAAGAUGUGUACUGAAAUUGUAACAAGUAAAUAUAGUAAAAUAGGCCUAAACACAUAGAUUUUGUUAUUCAGUAUGCAAUUACAAAGAAAUGUUACAAGUUGAUAAUCAGUGCCAAGUGAAAUACAAACAGCAGAAUUUUUAGUUAAUAAAUAGGGGUAUUAGAGAUGACAGACAUAGCCUAUUAAAAGACAAAGUAUGCCUUAUACCAUGCCUAAAGUGUGCCAAAAAAAACAUGCCUAAAUCAUGCCAAAUUCCGUGCCUAAAGUAUGUUAAAAUGCACUGAAUGCAUGGACCAGUUAUAUUUUUUUUUCCUGGGGGAGCAUGGUCCGGAACCGACCCCCCACCCCUCACCCCAGAAGUGCCCUUUUCCGUGCCAGCACCCUGCCCUUUUUUAAUCCUAGCUGGAGCACUGUAUUGUAUUUGGUAAUAAUUCUACAAGUACAAUUAUCAUUUAUUAUACUUUCAUUUAUAGAUAUUGUAAACCGAUGGAAACACUUGGUAAUGAUUAGUCAUUUCAAAUAAAAAGUUAAUUUGAGCCACACCACAAGAAAACCAACAUAUUGCAUUUGCAUGAAUUUGCAUUCAGGAUCCAUGCUGGUCGCAAACGCAAUAUGUUGGUUUUCUCAUGGUGCGGCUCAUUUGUUGAAUGAAUAUCUAGUUCAUUUCAGUUAUUUUUUAUCUGUCCAUCUUGUUCAGUUUAAACAAUCAGUGUAGGCAGUUUCUAAAUACACCAGUUAUUUAAUAACUAUAUAUUAAGGAAGUUUUGCAAGAGAUUUGUUUUUGCUAUUUCACAGUUUCAAUGAUUGCAUAAAAGUUAUUGCUUGCCAUCUUGGAUGGGAAGAAUUUGCCUUAACAAUUAAACCUCUUUCGACUGUUUGUAGGUUUUUUUGACAUUUUGGCAACACUUACAUUAAGAAAUAAUUUAUAGCAAAAGAGUGCUUUAACACUAUUCAUGCACGAUGGGUGGUUAUAUGUCAGGCGUAAUAAUUUCACAAGUGCGCAGCAAUUAAUUUAACGAUGUAUUACCGCUCGAGUGUAUAAAUAGUGUUAUAAUACGCUUGUGCUAUAAAUUAUUUCGAUUCUAAUAUGCCCUUAAUCUAAAACUGUUGGUAAAAUGUAGACGCGCUCUUUCUUGGUCGCAACAAAAACUGACGUCACUGCACAUUAAUGUGACGUCAUUCUAGCAUAAGAGUGUUUAAACAAAGGCAAGCAUAUUAGAUUGUUCGAUGAUUACAGUCUUUGGCUAUAUAUAUAAAAAUAUUUUAUGCAGAAAGCAACAAAACCAGAUAUGGAUAUUUGACAUCCACUAAAUUGGCACUAGUUCAGUUGGUUUUAAUUGGCAUUGAUUGACUUUUUGAUGUUAUCAGUUUAAAAAGAAAUAAAAAGUUAAAAUGGUCAUACUGGAUUCCAAGAUUUAUACUGGAUUCUAAGACUUGGAAAGGUACAAAAUCACAACAAUACAUUUGAAUACUGUAAAAGCACAUAUUUUCGCUGGGUCAAAAUUUAGUGAAUUUGAGUAUGUUUGCGAGGUUUAAUAUUCGCAAAAUUGUAAAAAUGGUAUUCUACUUGAAUUUGAAUUAUACUAAUUGUGAAUAUUUACCUGAGUAUUAAUAUUCACGAUAUGUAGGGCCUCGCGAAUAUAGCGAAAAUUAAACCCUCACAAAAAUUUCUGCUUUUACAGUAUUUCAGAGGGAGUUAACAGGGUCUAGAUGUGGCCAGCGCUGUUUUAUUUCCUGUAGUCUGCUUGGUAUUGUUCAUUUUAUUAUAUUUUACACCAUUGUUUCAAUGCAAACAAUGGUAUGACUUGUUAUAUCGAAUGUAACAUUUUAGCUUAAUAAAUUUUGAUAACUUGAAUGUUUUGUUUUAGUUUAUGAUCAAAACUGUGAGUUUUUGUUAUUUUGUUUGUUAUUCAUUAAUUCUGUUGUUUAUUUCUGAUUUGAAAAAAAAAAUUGUUUUGUUUAUUUUUAAAAAAGUCAGUGAAAAUUCGGGUUAGAUAAAAAGAUUUGAUUUUCAUAAUUCUUUUUUCAAAAAUAUGAAGUUUUGGUUAUUUUGCUAUAGGGUCUUUUGACCAUUUGUCUUUACUUGCAUAUGUUGAUAUUUCUGUGGGUUUUUCCCCAGAAAAUGUCUGAACCUGUUUUAUGUAGCUCUCAAGCAGCUACUGCAUGUAUAACUGUAUUUAUUUGAACAUACAUCAAUAGAAACUUGUUUAAUUAAAGGUAUGGAAAGAA